GCGCACGCGCUUUCUUGUAUCAAAACUCAAACUCGUCUCUGCUCUCUCAGUCAAGAAAACUCACAAGUCACAAAAGGUCUCUUUCUUUUUGUUUUCCUCUGAUUAGAUCCAAACUCGUUUUCAUCAUACCAUCCUCUGUUCUCAACUCUUGCAGCUAUUGUUAUCUUCGAGAUCGAUGUUCAAAAUGCGUUCUUUUGUGUCUUCUGUGAUCCUUCUCAGCUUCUUCGGUUCCUGUUGUUCUCUCAUUGACCAAGGUGUAGAUGUUCAGAAAAGUGAAGACAGUUUAAAGAAAGAUCUAUGGUCAGAUGGAGAUUCCAAUAAUUUGAAAGCUGUUGGAUUCCACAGGAAAACACUUGUCCGUAACCCAUUCACAUACAAUGACUUGCCUUCUAGAAAAAAACCCAAAAACAGCGCUGCUACUAUAGCUGUAACUAUCACACCAUCAUCAUCACCAAAACCUUCUCCAAAACAUGCUUCAACAGUUCCAGAGACACAAAAGAAUUCAUUAUCUACACAAGAUGUUUUACCUUCACCAUCUGUGUCAGUUUCUCCCUCUAAGAGAAGAAACUCUGAUUCUUCUUCAGUGGUUGUUCCUCUAGUGGUUGGCUGCGUAGUAGGCGGUGCUUCUUUUCUUCUCCUUGUAGCUACUGGUGUCUACUUUUACAGACGUAAGGCUGGAGAAACUGUGAAUCCUUGGCGUACAGGUCUUAGUGGACAACUUCAGAGAGUUUUUGUAACUGGCGUCCCUGUACUCAAAAGAUCUGAGAUUGAAGCUGCAUGUGAAGAAUUUAGUAAUGUCAUUGGAUCUUGCUCUGUUGGAAAAUUGUUCAAAGGAACACUAUCAAGUGGAGUAGAGAUAGCUGUUGCUUCAUUUGAUACUACAUCCGCUAAAGACUGGAAGAACAAUACAGAAAUACACUUUAGGAACAAGAUUGAAAUGUUAUCGAAGAUCAACCACAAGAACUUUGUAAACCUGCUUGGUUACUGUGAGGAAAAGGAACCUUUCACGAGGAUCUUGAUCUUUGAAUAUGCUCCAAACGGAUCACUCUUUGAGCAUUUACACUGUAAAGAGUCAGAACACUUGGACUGGGGAAUGAGGUUAAGAAUCGCAAUGGGAACAGCAUAUUGCCUUGACCAUAUGCACCAACUCAAUCCACCUAUAGCUCACACCAACCUCGUCUCAUCAUCUCUUCAGCUGGCAGAAGAUUAUGCUGUCAAAGUAUCCGAUUUCAGUUUCGGUACAUCCGAGACAGAGACUAGCAUCAACAACACAAUCAUAGACACACACAUCUCAGUCUUGAAUCCUCAAGACAACGUUUACAGCUUCGGUUUACUUUUAUUCGAAAUGAUAACCGGGAAACUCCCGGAAUCGGUUAACAAACUUGACUCGGUAGAUACCGGGAUGGUUGAUUUCUUGAGAGGAGAGACUCUACUAGCCAAGAUGGUAGAUCCAACACUGGAAUCUUAUGAUGAGAAGAUUGAGAAUAUUGGUGAAGUGAUCAAAUCAUGCCUCAGAACCGACCCGAAAGAGAGGCCUACUAUGGGAGAAGUCACAGGAUGGUUACGGGAGAUCACUGGAAUAUCACCUAGCGAUGCUACGCCGAAACUGUCACCUCUUUGGUGGGCAGAGUUGGAGGUUUUGUCCUCCACUGCCUAAGAGAGAGCCCUUCACAAAUAAUAAAACCGUAAAUAUUUUGAAAAUGUGAGUUUAAAAGCAAAUCUAUUGACAUGUAUAUGAUGAACUAGUGUGCAAAUCGGAAAAAAAAGUCUUGUAGAAAUUAUAUGUCUUCUAGAUGUCUUUGAUUUGUACGAAAAUGGUAGAGAAUAUGUAAAUUGCCAAAUACAUCUAGAAUAUAAGUUGGGAUUGAGAUUAUUGA